CAUACACGUCCAGCACUUGAAUUCGAUCAUCGAUGACAAUUACGAGCAUAUUUUUUUUGCCGGCGCAUUUGCCUGGAAGAGGUGGUUCGGGCUCUCCGCGGGAUGCGUAGUGGGAGAGCUUUGGGACCAGAUGAGAUUCCGGUGGAGUUCUGGAAGCAUACGGGUCGUGGUGCGUGGGUGUGGUUAACCAAACUCUUCAAUGUUAUCUUCCGGACAGCAAGGAUGCCAGAUGAGUGGAGGGAGAGUCUCUUGGUCCCCCUGUUUAAAGGCAAAGGUGACAUCCAGAGCUGCGAGAAUUACAGAGGCAUCAAACUGCUUAGCCACACCAUGAAGGUUUGGGAGCGAGUCAUUGAGUAUAGGUUGCGGAAAGGGGUAUGCAUCUCUGAGAACCAGUUUGGUUUCAUGCUUGGUAUAUCAACUACAGAGGCCAUUCACUACAAGGCGUACGAUAGGGUGCCAAGGGAGGUCUUAUGGAGGUGCCUUGAGACGAGAGGAGUCCCCAUCGCGUAUACUCGCGCGAUCAAGGAUAUGUACGAUGGGGCUAUGACUAGGGUAAGGACCUUCGGGGGCGACUCUGAGUCAUUCUCGGUAGGGAUGGGGUUGCACCAGGGGUCUGCCCUUAGUCCUUUUUUGUUCGCCUUGGUGAUGGACGUCCUAACUCAAGGUGUGCAAGAAGGGGUCCCAUGGUGCAUGCUUUUCGCGGAUGAUAUUGUGCUUAUCGACGAUACACACGGGGAUGUUGGACAUCGUGUUGGAGUGGCUUGGGCCAAAUGGCGGUUGGCUUCAGGGGUAUUGUGUGACCCAAAGAUUUCGCCCAGGAUGAAAGGCAAGUUCUACCGAUCCGUAGUCAGACCUGCUAUGUUAUAUGGGGCAGAGUGUUGGGCGGUUAAGAAGACUCAUGUGCGUCGUCUGCAUGCGGCGGAGAUGCGGAUGUUACGAUGGAUGUGUGGGAAGACAAGGUUGGAUAGGAUUUCGAACGAAGUUAUUCGACGUCAGGUAGGCAUGGCGCCGGUGGAAGAUAAAUUGCAGGAAGCGAGGUUGAGAUGGUUUGGUCAUGUGAGACGGCGGGAUGCUGACGCCCCUGUUGAGCCGGGGGUCUCUUGGAAACAACCUCCCUGCUUCCAAGUAGGGGUAAGGAGUAGUUCCGAGACUCCAAUUGUGAACGUUUCGGCUGGAUUGGGUGGCUCUGUUGGGCAAACCACUCCGAUCAACAUUCCUUUCGGAUCGAGUGCGUCCAUGGGGUCCACUCCGAUCACCGCCUUCGUUGGAUCGAGCACGACUAUGGGGUCCGCUCCGGUCACCUCGGUUAUUGGACCAACCGCGGCUACGGCUACAAUGGUCACCCCACUCGGACCGAAUAUGGAUUCGGCCAUACCGGUCAUUCCCUCACUUGGACCAAACGCGGGUGUCUUCACAUCCGCACUGGUCGGACAUCCUACUGUCAUGCUGCCUGCGAACUCUGUCAAAGAACCAGCGAAGUUCACAGGUGUUGGCUUUAAAAUAUGGCAGCAAAGGAUGUUAUUUUGGCUGACCACCCUCAACCUUGCAAGGUAUUUGAGGGAGGAUCCCCCUGUUGUGGGGGAGAACGCGUAUGAGCCAACAGUUCAGGCUAAAGAGGCAUGGAUAGCGAAUAACUAUACGUGCCUUAAUCUUAUCCUGAAUUGCUUGAGCGAUGCCUUAUAUGCUGCUUAUAGCAGAGCUGCAUCCGCAAAGGAGUUAUGGACUACACUGUCCAACAAAUACCAGGCCGAGGACGCCAUUGCGAAGAAAUUCGUUGUCGGUAAGGUCAUGGAUUUUAAGAUGGUGGAUUCCAAACCCGUGGUCAGUCAAGCUGAAGAAUUGAUUCUCAUUUUUAAUGAGUGCACUGACGAGGGAAUGGGAGUCAGUGAGGCAUUCCAAGUGGCGACGAUUAUUCAUGUGCUCCCUCCAGCUUGGGAUGAGUUCUGGAGCUAUCUCAAGCUCAAACGGAAAGAAAUGACUUUAGAACAGUUGCUUGUUCGUCUCCGGAUCCGUGAAGAGGGUCUCACUCGCGAAAAGAAAGUAGCUGUUGCUAAGGCCAAUGUGGUGGAGCAUCCACCCAAAGAGGGUUCUUCCAAAGGGCCCAAGCCAAAUAAGGACAAGAAGAAAAUUGGUCCUAAAGGAGGUGUCGCGAAGCCCAUGUUCGCAGGGAAAUGCUACAACUGUGGCAUUAUGGACCAUCGUUCUUCAGAGUACCGCAAGAAGCCUCAGAAGAAGAAGCAGAAGAAGGAAGAAGCUCUCUGCUCGGAGCUAGAUGCUAUGGAUCUUUGUGCUGUCGUGAUAGAGGUCAACCUGGUCGGGUCUAACCCGAAAGAGUGGACGAGCGACAAGCAAAAGAUGGCCUAUUCCGGCGACACGGCGGCAGAGACGGCGGCAAGGAAGAAGUACAAAGGCGUGAGGAUGCGAAGCUGGGGGUCAUGGGUGUCGGAGAUCCGGGCGCCAUAUCAGAAGACAAGAAUAUGGCUGGGCUCAUACUCCACCCCGGAGUGCGCCGCCAGAGCCUACGACGCCGCGCUCUUAUGCCUCAAAGGCCCCUCCGCCGCCGCCGCCUCUCUCAACUUCCCUCACCACCUCUCCUCCUACCCCAUUCCCCCUUCUCCCCCCGGCGCCGUCUUCUCCCCCAAAGCCAUCCAGCGCAUAGCCGCUGCCGCCGCCGCGAAUUCUUGCCCGGUCCCUCCGCCGCAUUGGGAAGAAGCAGCGGCCGAGACAGAUGACGACGUGGAAUAUUGCAUGGACGACGUCAUCAUCGGUGGGGAAUUGGAAGUUCAUUCCCCUCGCCGUCAUGAUCAAACUCCGGCUGCCAUAAUGGCGGCGCAGUGCAGCUGGUACAACUUUGACUCCCCAAAGUACAGCAACAUGUUCGGUAACGACGGUUUCUUUGCCGGCGACCCACAGUUGAUUGACCAAAUGUACGAUGAUAAUGGAGAAAUUCGGCUGUGGAGUUUCACCUGAUUUGAUAUCUCUUCUGUUAGACAAUAAUAUUAUGUAUUCCUA